AUGAAUAACGCUACGACGACUCCCUCUCCAAGCCCGGGCCCAGCCAGCGGUUCGCCCACGCAAACAACAGGAUCCGCCGUCAGCGCCGGCACGAAGCGGAAGAGAAGCCCAGCGACCAAAUACUACGCUGUAAAAGUUGGUUUCCGGCCCGGGGUAUACGACAACUGGAAUGACUGUCUGGCGCAGGUCACCGGAUACAAAGGCGCUGUCUUUCAAUCUUUCCCUACGGUCGAAGAGGCAAAUUCGUUUCUGACGGGGCAGAAUGUAUCCUCUUCCAAAGGAGCCACUAUGUCCGAAGCGGAGCCGACACGGUUCUAUGCCGUGCAGCGCGGACGUGUCCCGGGAGUUUACUCUGACUGGGCGAAGGCCCAGGAACAGAUCAGAGGCUUUGCUCGUCCUCGAUACAAGAAAUUUUCCACCAGAGCCGAAGCGGAAGAGUUCGUGCGACUGGGGCAAGAGUCAGGCUCCGCGACCGGCACUACGGGUUCGCUUCCAGGGGCUCCUGGGAUGACGGAGGAAAACCCUCGCGACGAAAAUGGGGUCGAGCUGCCAGCAGGCACUGGUCCUCUUCCGCCUGGUGCGGAAGAUGGGUUCGAUCCGAACAUCCUCCUGGACCCGACGACGGGCAAGGUGGUGUAUAAGACUAAGGAGCAGAAAACGGCAACCAAGGCCAUGCCGACCAGUUCACCAGGCAUGCUACGGAUAUAUACAGACGGUAGUUCACUACGAAAUGGCUCGAAUAUUGCGCGUGCUGGGAUAGGGGUCUACUUUGGACCGGGAGACAGUAGGAAUGUCUCCGAACCUCUCAAGGGUAAUCGCCAGACGAACCAGCGGGCUGAACUGACCGCGAUUCUUCGGGCUCUGGAAAUUGCGCCGCGGCACCGCGAUGUCACCAUUUUCACCGACAGCCGCUAUGCCAUUGACUGUGUCACGGUCUGGUUUGUCAAAUGGCGCCGCAACAAGUGGUUGACGGCGGACGGCAAGCCGGUCGAGAACAAAGACCUGAUCGAGUCGAUCCUGGUCAAGAUCGAAGAGCGCAACCUGCUCAAAGUCAAGACGCUGUUCGAAUGGGUCAAGGGGCAUAAUCGCGAUCCGGGCAACGAGGCUGCCGAUCAGCUCGCGGUCAAGGGGGCCAUGAAAGGGGGCGCGGAAGACAGUGCCGACGCUCUUCCUGCCACCGAGGAUAUCCCUGAGGAAGUGGUCGCCGACGACGACGAUGUGUGA